GGUUUAGAUAUACUGGCUGUUUCGCUCUUCCUCUGCGGUUCUGCUGGUGCUUCAGUCUCCUUACUCCAAUUGAACCAGUGAUUUCGAGCGUCUGGUCAAUCACAGCCAUGAAAAGACCACAUUCGAACAUUGUUACUUCUCCAAAUCCGGAGCAGCACAAAGUAAAGAAGAUGAAGACUUCAGCACCCGUCUCUCAAGGAAUUGUGCAGAUGACCGCCGAGGAAUCGAAAGCCGAUGCAGAUGGGGGCGAGUGGACCAAGGUGGACAAACGAAAGGUAAAGAAGAUGAAGAGAUUGGAUGCGAGACUGGACGCGAAAGCACCCCGCUUCAUGUAUGCUCCGAAUGAAAUCAUCAAACGCAGGGAAGCAAUUGGGGUUGGGGAUAUCCGCGACUUCGCACUUCAUCUUAUCGCUGACGCCCCUCCGGUCGGCUGGGUUCGCGUCGAAAAUCGUCAAGCCAUCCAAAAAGUUGUCGUCAUCCUCAUACCAGGUAUCACUCUGACGGCACUCAGCCUUCCCCCUCUUCCCACGUCUGCAACAUCCAAUCCAAAUCUUCCUAUUUCCCUUCCUUUGCCUCAACCGACAGCUUUGACUACACCGGAUACACUAGGACAUGACCUCUCAGAUAGAACGGAAGAAGCCGCUGCUCACUACGGCGGAGUCCCUUUUAUCUCCAAAACAUUCAGCCAUGCAUGUCCCACGAAAGCCCCAGGUGAACCGACAAAAAUGCAUUCAGUCAUGGGUGCCUUCUUCCAAGGGCCUGUCAGUGGAGAAGAGAAGAAGAAGCGGUUAUUGCAGCGCAUAGCCAGUGAGCCAUUUCUUAUUUUUGGCCACCCCUCACAAUAUGUUCUCAAAUUAGAACAGAUGAUAGAGAAUGAAUACCCCAUACCGUCUUACAUGGCGGACAUCUUCACGAAGCCCCGAGGGUGGGUAGAAACCCCCCAAGUGGCAGAAACGUCACUCGGUGGGACUCACACUGUGAAGGUCUACGCUAUUGAUUGUGAAAUGUGCUUGACAGAAGACGGAAAAGAGCUGACACGGGUGUGCUUGAUUGAUUUUGCAUCUGGGAACGUUGAGUACGAUCAACUGGUCAAACCUCCGAAACCUAUCACCGACUACCUUACUCGAUUUUCUGGAAUCACAGCUGAAUCUCUUGCUCCAGUCACGACUACUCUUCCAGAAGUACAAUCUCGUCUCCUCAAAUUCUUUUCUGUAGAGCCGACCCCGAUUCUUUUGGGUCACUCGCUCGAGUCAGAUUUGCGAGCUCUCAAGAUGUGCCAUCCCAAGUGCAUAGAUACCGCAAUCAUCUAUCAUCACCCGCGCGGUCGACCACUCAAACCUGGACUCGCAUGGCUUACAAAGAAGUGGUGCGGCAGAGAGAUCCAGGCCCGCGGUGAAGGUGGGCACGAUCCUGAGGAGGAUGCCCGAGCGUGUCUUGAAUUGCUCCAAAAAAAAUUAGAAAAUGGUCCGGGAUAUGGGGAGUUCAAAACCGACUUUGAGUCGAUAUUUGAACGCAUGUCUCGUUCCAAUGGACAUGCUGGCAUGGACUCGGUACGAUCCGCCGUCGUCGACCACGGCAACCCAGCGACAUGGCAUGGGGCCAAGGCGAAUACGCCUGUGGGGUGCACGAGCGAUGAGGAUGUUUACCAAGGUCUUUUAGAGGCUAUUCCGAGCCACCAGUUCGUGUUUGGGAGGUUCACCGACUUGGCGGACGUGUUGGGCUGGGUAACGCCGAAGACCGAACCGGGAGCUGAUGUAAAAUUGAUUCCACCUACGCUAGACCUCCGCACCGUCCUGUCUGACCUGGAUGGACGGCUCACCAACUUAUACAACGCGCUACCAUCGCGCACGGCAUUUAUCAUCUUCACAGGUCACUCAGAUCCACGGAAGAUGUCCACGCUGAAUGCCAAGAAGAGCGCGUUCGAAAACGCCCUGCGAACUGCGCGAUCAUCGAAUGAGAUGAGCACCGAGACGUGGAGUGCGCAGGAGGGAAGGGAGCUGGAGGAGGCCGUGGAGAGGGCCAAGAGAGGUUUAGUGUUCUUAAGUGUUAAAAUUUGAGACAGAUGGUGCUUGCAAUCCGACCAUAUGUCUGUUC